AGACAGCGCCGCUCUUGAUUCUGACUCCUCCCUCACUCCCGUCCAACGCAAUAUCGGCAGUAAACCAUUGUUUGCCAGAGCUUCGUCUUCGAGAGCUGAUCCAAGAACCCCGAUCCCACGGCAGACAUUAGUACAAGAUGGACGUCAAGACAGUCGAAUUCACGCCUUUCACGGACCAAAAGCCCGGCACUUCCGGCCUGCGCAAGAAGGUCACGGUCUUCCAGCAGCCUCAUUAUAGCGAGGCCUUCGUUACAAGCAUCCUCCUGUCCAUCCCUGAGGGCGCUGAAGGUGCUUUCCUCGUCAUUGGCGGUGAUGGCCGGUUCUGGAACCCCGAAGUCAUCCAGCUGAUCGCCAAGAUUGGUGCGGCGUACGGCGUGAAGAAGCUGCUGGUCGGCCAGAAUGGCAUCCUGUCGACGCCCGCCGCCAGCCAUGUAAUCCGCAAGCGCAAGGCCACUGGUGGUAUUCUGCUGACUGCCAGCCACAAUCCCGGAGGACCGCAAAACGACUUCGGCAUCAAGUACAACCUUGCGAACGGCGGCCCUGCGCCCGAAUCGGUCACCAACAAGAUCUUCGAGACCUCCAAGACGCUGAAGUCGUACAAGAUCGCAGAUCUCCCCGACAUCGACAUCUCCAACAUCGGCACCAAGACAUAUGGGGAUCUUGAGGUCGAGGUGGUGGAUAGCACGGCCGAUUACGUUGACAUGCUCAAGGACAUCUUCGACUUCGACCUGAUUAAGAAGUUCUUCGCCACUCACACCGAUUUCAAGGUUCUCUUCGAUGGCCUCUCUGGCGUUACCGGGCCAUAUGGCAAGGCCAUCUUCGAGAAGGAGCUCGGCCUAGGUCCCGAGUCGACCCAGAAUUGCGAGCCAUCGCCCGAUUUCAACGGCGGCCACCCCGACCCAAACCUCACCUACGCGCAUGAUCUGGUUAAGGUGGUUGAGAAGAAGAAGAUCCCCUUCGGCGCCGCCUCCGACGGGGACGGUGACCGUAACAUGAUCUACGGUGCCGGGGCAUUCGUCUCACCCGGUGACAGUCUGGCCAUCAUCGCUCACCAUGCCCAGCUUAUUCCCUACUUCAAGAGGAACGGAGUUUACGGCUUGGCUCGCAGCAUGCCGACGUCAGGUGCCGUGGACCUUGUGGCGAAGAAGCAGGGCCUUGACUGCUACGAAGUGCCGACCGGAUGGAAGUUCUUCUGUGCUCUGUUUGAUGCCGACAAGCUGUCCAUCUGCGGCGAGGAGUCGUUCGGUACCGGCAGCAACCACAUCCGGGAGAAGGAUGGCCUCUGGGCCAUCGUAGCCUGGCUCAACAUCAUCGCUGGCUUGGGCAUGGCCAACCCGGGUGUUACGCCGAGCAUCAAGCAGAUCCAAAAGGACUUCUGGAACGAGUAUGGUCGAACCUUCUUCACCCGCUAUGACUACGAGAAUGUCGACGCGGAGGGUGCCAACAAGGUCGUCGGCGUUCUGAAGGAUCUAGUGGCCGAUCCGAAGUUCGUUGGCAGCAAAGUCGGAGAUCGCACGGUGACCAAGGCUGGCAAUUUCUCUUAUACCGAUCUGGAUGGCUCUGUAUCGUCAAACCAGGGUCUUUACGCUUGCUUCUCCUCUGGAAGCCGUAUCGUCGUCAGACUCUCCGGAACCGGCUCUUCGGGCGCGACUAUCCGCCUGUACAUCGAACAACACAGCAGCGACCCUGCCACUUAUGAUAUGGACGCCCAGGACUUCCUUGGUCCCGAGAUCAAGAUGGCGACGGAACUCCUGAAGUUCAAGGAAUUCGUCGGCCGGGACGAGCCGGAUGUGAGAACUUAGUUGUAUCGCGCAAGGUUCGUGUGCAGUUCAAGAUAAUAAACUGCUAGAGGCGCAGUUACACUCGGAAUCUCAUGUGAAUAAAGUGAUUGCUUGCUUUUCUGUCCC